AACAGGAAGCUUAUUAUGUUUAGAAGGGAAAGGUUUCUAAAGAGGUUAUUAACUGGAUGGGAGAUAAAAUUAAUAAUAUUUUUGGUCUUUUUUCAGGACCUCUACAACAUACCCAUCACAUCGAACAAGCGGAUCCAACUGUGCAACAAGGAGCUGUUCCAGGAGCCAUCUUGCACCCCCGGGCUCGGCUGUUUGAAGGACCUCGGCGGGAGGGUCACCAACUACCGGUUUUACCUCCUCCGUCUGCGCACCAGCGGCAAGGGUUCGAAACUCAGCAAGUCCCUGCUGACCACCAGCAUCAACGCCCUGCAAGAUGUCCUGGUGUACCUGCAGAGGGACUGCAAGGCUCGGUCUGCAGGCAGUCCAUGUGUCUGGCCGGAUCCUGCUCCAAGCUGCCUUCCCAGCGGACAGAACCUCGCCUUCGAUAACGGUGACGUAGCUGACGAAACGGCCGUGACCCUGGCACGCGGGCUGCUGGAGGUCGUAGGGCAGACGAAAUACGCUUAGGCGGAGAGUGCGAGGCA